ACAAGAUCUUGGUAGCCUCACGCUGUGCAGAUUCAAGUCGGACUUGAGCCCCAUAUAGCUUAAGCUAUGUCACCUGUACUUUUUGUUUUGGCACUCCUAGUGCCAGCGGCUUUCGCUUCUCUUCCGACUGGCGGCAACUGCAUCAAUGUAACUUUACCAGGUAUUCUGAAUCUUGGACAGUGCUUUGGAACAUCGCUUAACUUUUGCUCUACAUCUGCGAGUGGACUCGUGACGGCUCUGACUAAGCUGCUAUCGUGUCUAUUCACGCCUUUGACUUCAACGAGCGGCUUAGGCGCCCUCACCGCAUUUACCGACGUCAUUACCAUUGUAUUGAGAACGAUCGGCUUCGGUUCCGUAUUAACUAGUGUGCAAAGUGCCCUGACGCCACUGUGCGCCUUGGGUGGCUCAACAGUGGUUCCCGGCUGUACCACGCUGCUCACCGGAAACCAGACAUGCUCCGCGCCCAUCUCCAUCUCACUUCCUGAUACAUUCAACGUGUCCAGGUGCCUAAACCAGACACUGCUGCUCUGUCAGAGCGGGUCACAGGCAACCGAUCAACUGCUGCUCAAUGUGAUCAAUACCAUAACGUGCCUCUUGACCUCCGUUAUAACAACCAACCCUGGAACAUCAAUUAACGGCCUUGUCUGCCUCGUCUCUCGAAUGCUUCAAGCUGUUCCUGGCCUCAACUUGUUUACAUUUUUCCUGGGUCUGGCAUUCAACUGUCCUUAAACGAAUGUUCGAGAGAACCAGAAACGCAAUAUGCUUGCAACAACGAGAGCAGCGGAUAUACGGUUAUAUUAAGUUAGCCUUAUUUUGGCAGCCACGGGUACGGCCUAAGGAAGCAUAUAUUAAGAUUACAGGGAACUGGUUGGUGG